GGCGUCGUACUACUUUUGUAUUGUUUUUACUGACCUAUUGCUUACAAAAACUAAUAUUUAUAAACAGUAUCGAAAAGAUACCGCCGUUGUAUAUGUGGAAAGGUGACAUUUUUUUUUAAUGAAAUUUGAAAUUUGUUUGCUACUUUGAUUUGUUGGUGGAACUGAUUUAUGUGUCAAAGAAAUUCACUAAGUCUGUAGCAGUAUAAAACCAAACUCUUUAUGAAUAAAUUUUCAAUGUAAAUCUGCUAUUACAUCUAGAGAAAUAUGGAUGAGACGGUCUUUGUACUAAAUGUCACUUAGCAAAAGCAAGAAAAAGGAGGAAGAAGAAGAUAACCUAAAAACAGAAUUUUCUAAUGACAUAAGACAUAAACCUAACCUUAAAUUUUUUCAUAAUUUGCUGUAACAUGUUGAAAAAUAUAAUAAAAUCUGCACCGAAGUUGUGUGAAAACUACUUUAAUAACAACGUGGUUCAUAAGAGGCUAGCGGGCCACUCCAAAUGGCAAAAUAUCAGGCACAUUAAAGGUGCCAAGGAUGCUGAAAGAUCACAGCUCUUUACGAAGCUGAGCAGGCAGAUGAAAGUUGCAGUACAAGAGGGGGGAUCUGUGGAUCCAAAGAUGAAUUUGAAGCUGUCCCAGGUUGUAGAUCAAGCAAAAAGGGCAAACAUGCCAGUCGCCACCAUACACAGUGUGCUGAAAAGCUGCCAACAGGACAAGUCGCAAGCUAAAAGUCACAUGCUCGAGAUAAAAGGUCCUGGGAGCUGUUUUAUUCUCUGUGAAGUGUUUACCGGUCAGUUGCAUCAGUUAAAAAUGGGUAUGGCUACCAUUCUUAGGAAACACCAGUGCAAAUUUGGCGACGGUGGGGGUACCCAUUUAUUCGAAGAAAAGGGCAUAAUCGAAACGGAAAUCCCCGAUCAAAGCGUUAACAAAGAAGGAAUCUUAGACACAGCCACAGGCCACGCCAUCGAAUCGGGUGCUGAAGACGUGAAGCUCAUAGACGACGUUCUAGAAUUCUCUUGUGGCAAAACUAGCUUGUCGCAGGUCGUACGAGCUUUAGAGCAAUUGAACUAUAAGAUAGUGAGUGCCAGCGUGGAGUAUAUACCUCUCAAAGCGCAAACGUUGCAGGAAAGCGACUUGGCUCUAUACCGGAGUCUGUACGAGAAACUGGAAAACCUACCGGAGGUCGUACGGCUUUCCGAUAACAUAGCGUGAUGUUUUAAUUACAUAUAAAACGUAUUUUAAUUGUAAAUAAAUGUUAUUAGGAGGGCUCUAUACCAAAUGGGCGACCCGCAAUACAUUUUUUAUAGAUUUUAAUACACGGUUUGUCUAAAUAUGAAUCAAUGCACAAAUAAUAGACUUUCCUCCUUUCAAAUGCAGUUUUUCUAUAAAAUGGAGUUAGUUUGAAACUCAAAUUACUUUUUAGUGUAAAGAAAUUUGGAAUUUACGACGCCAAAAGCGGCAAAUUACAAAUUUCUUUACAACAAGAAAUAAUUUGAGAUUCAAACUAAUUCCAUUUUAAAGAAAAUCUGCAUUAGAAAGGAGGAAAGUCUAUUAUUUGUGCAUUGAUUCAUAUUUAGACAAACCGUGUAAUAAAAUCUAUAAAAACAUAUUGCCGGCUGCAUAUUUGCUAUCGAGCCCUCUUAAGCUGAAAAGUGGAAGUUUUAGUACUUACUUGGAAGUAAAAUAAAUUUGCUGGACCAGUUUGCGAAAUAUUUAUUUCAAACGAUGUUUAAAGUCAUAUUAGAGAAAAAUGUGUACAAUAGUAAUGUAGAAUUGCUAAACGUUGGAAAAUGGGUCAAUAUUUAACAAUAAAUUUGUACAAACUAGGCAACUUUGCCAAUAUAAAUUAUACAGGGUGUCUUAGUUUUAAUCGAAGAAACUUCGGGAGCUAACAGUACAACGGAAAAUAAAGGGACUUUGUCAUAUAUACUUAUUUCGAAAUCCCAACCGUUUACAAGAUACAGGGUGUUAACAGUUAAAAAAACAUGUCAUUUAUUGUAAAUAUCUUCUGAAAUAAUAGAGGUAUUCCAACUAAAUUUGGUGUACGUUAUAUCGGGUCAAGUUUCCCUGUCCCCGCAACCAGUAGCGGGGAUAUGGGAAUCUCGUACAACUAUUUUAUAAAAAAAA